AUGGCAUAACAAAAAAAAGAUGAGGAAGAAAUCAAAACCUACAAAAUGAUUGAGGGUGACUAUUCAGUUCAAAUUAGAGUGCUGGAGGCCAAUGAUCUCAUACCCACCAUUUCCGGGUUUGCAGGCAUUGGGCUGCUUUCGUCUAAAGGCACUGCUUGCAAUGCAUUCGUCGAGUUGACUGUAUGUGGCUAAGUGAAACGAACUAAAGUUGUUAAGAAUCAAUUAAGUCCCAUUUUCAACUAGUUGAUCUCAUUCAAAUUAAAUGACAUGAAAAAGGCCCAAUUGUCAUCAGCUACCAUAACUGUGGCUGCAAUUGAUCGUAAGAAUCCACUCUUGGGCAAUAAAAUAAUCGGAUCAUAUGAGUUGGAUCUCAGUAGUGUGUAUUUCAGCUUACAUCAUGAAUUAUAUCGAACGUACCUAGCCCUUUCAGAUCCAACCGAUGAACGAGAAGGAACUAUGGGAUAUGUGUUGUGUAAUAUAAUGGUAUUAGGCCCUAAUGAUGAACCAUUUGUUCACGAUGUGGCCACUGAAAAAAAAGCAGAUGCCACUAAAGGAGCAACAUUGACUCCCAAAAAGAUCCAAUAAUGGCCUCAUUGCAUCCGAAUCAAUCUACUCAAAGGUGAACACAUGGUUCCUCUGGAUAUGACAGCAGCUGAAAUCGAUGCCUAUGUGGUUGUUAAAUAUGGCGGUUCCAAAAUCAAAUCCAAAGUUGUCACCAGUCGUAAUCCAGAAUGGUAUCAACAAUUGAACUUGGCUUGUAUGCUUCCCAAUCAAAGCAAAUUCGUGGACAUCAGCGUUUAUGAUCAUGAUCUUCUUGGAGAUGAUGACUUGGUUGGGACCUUCCAACUCCCAUUCAAGUCCAUCCCUGAAUUUGAAUCACAACCAAUGUGGGUCAAUCUCUAUGGUGCUCCUCUACGGGGAGAGUCUAAAAAGGCCGACAUGAUGAAUCUAUUUGGAAUGACGAUGGGUUCUCAUUACAGGGGAAGAAUCUGUUUCACUAUUUGUCGUUUCGAUCAAAGGGAUGCCAAAACCUUCAAAGAAGAUUUAAUCUAUAGAUUCCCAGAGAACCCUAUGCCAGUUCCAGAACAAAAGGGAUAUAUAUUGAGAGUAGACUUGCUUGAAGGACACGAAUUCCCAAUUCGGAAAUAAUCCAUCAUUCAAGUCAAAAUGGGACCAUAUCUAUUGGUCAGUCAACCUGCCACUGUUUAGGAUGGAUCAUGCAUGUUCUAUGAAAAUCUACCAGACAAGAAGGUACUAUUCCCCAAAACUGUCACUGAAAUACCAGACAUUAUCAUUUAUAUGGCAGAUGACAAUAUUGAGGAUCGAAGACACAGUUUCAUUCGAUUGAAACCCAAAGAUUACUUGGAUAUUCCUCUACGUCCUCAAAUAUUUAAGAUGACUGAGGACAGAUCAUUGGAUUUGGUGAAAGAUGAUGAAUUUCCAGGGUUUCUCUUUGCUAACAUUCAACUAAUGAGUAAUAUGCCAGGAAAGAGAGAACCCUAUAAACCGAAUGCUCAAUUGAAACUAGAUUAUCAAUUGAGAGUUUAUUUGUAUUUAGGGAGAAACAUCCCUCCUGCAGAUGCUACCGGUACUUCAGAUCCCCUAGUGAAGAUAAGGUGUGCAGGACAAAUCGUAUAAUCCAAGGCUUGUACAUAAACGUUGAAUCCUGGUUGGUACGAAACCCUAAAAUUGGAUGUGAAAUUGUAUCCUUUCGACUAAGAAGUCAUAGUGCCUUCAGGAAUGUUCGUAAUGGUUUUCGAUUAGGAUCUGGAUGAAGACAACAAGGCCUCUUAUGAUUUGAUUGGGAGAAUAUGGAUCACUCUGGAACCCUAAAAGAUGCAAUUUUAGACCGAUAGUGAGAUUGUUGAUAUGUUCUACAAAAAACCUAAAUGGUACAAUAUAAGGUAUGAUGCAACUGAUGAAGUCUAAGGAUAAAUACUCUUAGCAUAUUCAAUUAUUCCCAAGGAGAAGGCACAUCUUAUUCCUGAUGAGAGUAUUUAUCCUAAUUGCGCCAAACAGGACCUCAAUCUCUUCUGCAUUGGAUUGCGUAACUUCGAGGACAUGGUCUCAAAUAUUACACCAAGCAAUGUUUCUGUUUCCUUCGAUAUCAGUGGUGAUGAUUACGAUCCCAUCUACACUGAUUACAAGAAAGUGAAGGAGAAGGGUGUGAACAUCAAUAGACUAAUCCCAAUUUCAGUGGAUGUCCCCAAAAAUCAGCAUUUCUCACCUGUCAUUGAUUGCUAUGUGUGGAAUCAAGAGUUGCCAGACAAACCUAAGCUUUUGGGUGUCUAGACCAUUUAACUCUCCAGGAUACUUGCAGAAUAUUACACCAAAUUGAAAUUGAAGCCUGGAGAGCAAAUGCCAGUUGAAUUUGAUGAGUCAGAUGAAGAAGAAAAUGAAUUGAUGAAGAAAUUAGAAGAAAAGCAAAAACCCCUUGGAUUGGCACAAAUUAAGGAAGCCAAUGCCAAUGAGGAGGAUGAACCAUUUGAUCUUGACAAAAUUGAUUUAAAUAUUCCACAAGAAUUGCCUUUCAAGAAAAGAGUGGUUGAUGAUUACGAAUAUCAGGAGUACGUGAGGAAACAAGAAGAGGACUAUUAACGCAUAAAAGAGGAAGAAGAAGAUCUACUUAAGCAAUCCCAAAUAGGAGAAUCAAAUGUCUAAGACUUGAUGAAUUUACAAGAUGAUGUUCCAGUCUACAGACCUACCACAUUUGGAGGUGGUGGCUUGUAAAUAGGCCAAGAAGCACCUAAUCUAUAAUAAUCUCACUUUUCCAAUCAAAGCAAUAUCAUUAUCGAGUAGUUUCCCAAGGAAGAGCAUGCUCCAGAAGAACAAAUCCCAGUGCGAGUCACUAGACCUAUGGAUAAUGAUAAUAUCGGUGAGAACAAUCCAGUCUAAUCUAAUAAUAAUAUAGGUGAGAACAAUCAAAUUCAAUCUCGCAAUAAUCUAUAGAGUCACUAAUCAUUAAGACAAUCCUAAUCGCAAAAUGAGAGAGUAUAAAACAAUGAUCAAGCCAGUCAAAAUCAACAACAACAAUAGAGGGAUCAAAGGAGUAUAUCCUAAUAGUAAGUAGGACAAUAACCUGUGUCUCAAUCAAAGAGAGGAUCACAAUAGCAAGAAGUUAUUGAAUAAAGGAAUUAAUCUAUUUCAUAGUAAUAAAGAAGAGAAUCAUAAUAGUAAGCAAAUGUAGUAAAUGAAUAACAACCUUAAUAGUCAAGGAGGUCAUCAUAAUAAUAGCAAUUACUAUAGAAAUAACAGUCACAAUAACAAUCACAAUAAUAAAUCGAAUAAUAACAGAGAUAACAAUCACAAUAAUAAAUUGAAUAAUAGCAAGAAAUUUAACUUUAAAAACAGUAGUCUCGUAGAUAAUCUGAACAACAAUAACCCAGAUCGAAGUAGUAAUCUAUACAGAGAAAUGAUGAUUUGUAAUAGAGACAACAAUCACAAUAGUAGUAGCUUGAGAAACAAUAAUCAAACAAACUUGGCUAAUCCCAGGAUUUCUAAUAAAGAUCGCCAUCCAUUCCCAUAUCCCCAAUUCAAAAUAGAAAUGGAUAUAGCUAAGGCAGUCAACAACAGAUUGAGGAUUUUAAUUUUCAACCCAAUUUGGAAGAAUCCAGAAUAGUACCCUCAGAACCAAAGUCUAAAACUAUGAAUGAUCAAUAGUAAAUGAAAAUAGGGUAGAGAGUCAUUUAACCACCUAUUCAAGGAUCUCAAAGAAGCAUCAGAAUGCUAAGUUAAGUUGAUUAACGAGUUGUAUUUGAAGCUGAGUAACACGUCAAGAAUUAAGUAGAAUUAAGUCGUAGACAAUCCUAAUAAAUUCAAGAAGUAUAAGCUGUCUAACCAUAAGCAAAUCUAUCGGAUUAGCUUCAAUAAUUGUCUCAAUAACAAUAGCCUUUAAAGACCUUAUAGGUUCCAACUGAUUUAUCUUUUUCCAAAGCUUCCAAAGUAUCCUCAAAAGCAUUGUCAGUUAAUUCUGGUCCCAAAGACAAUAUGGAUGCAGUGAAGAAACCCAAAUAAAAAAAGAAGAUGAUGUCGAAGGGUUCCAAAAAGGCGAAGCUAUUUGGCUUUGCUGCCUUGUUACCAAAAAAGAAAAAAACUACUGAUAUUGAAACAUACGAAGAUUUUGAUACAGAUGACGGAGAGGAUUUGGAUGUAACGCCUGAAUGGUUGAAGGGCAGGAAGUUUUUACCUGAUGAUUUGGAGGACAAAAUGAAAACUAGCAAGAAAUUCCUUAAGUACACAAUAAUGACAGGAUAGAGUCGAGGCAAAGAUACCUAAUUCUUAACUGAUAAGAAUGGACCUUCAAGAGUCUGCGAUUUUAAGUGUCUGUUCUUAGAGGUCAAGCCUGGGUAGGAUAUCGAGAAAAAGAAGGAAAUGUAUAUUAAAAUGAUGAGACCCAAAUAAUAUGUAUGCAGAUUAUACAUUCUAUCAGGAAUCGAUAUUUAAAGUGGAGGGGAUGAACCACCUGAUUUGUACAUAAAAAUAAGAACAGCAACAAAAGAGCAUGAUUUGAAAAUGCUUUCAUUAAGACAAAGCACAAAUAAUCCUUAAUUCUAUUUCCCAUUUGAAUUAUAAAUGGAAGUUCCAGGAUCUGCUAUUAUAGAAGUUGAAAUUUGGAGUGCCUAAUCAAUUGGCGAUGAAUUAGUGGGUACCUCUCUGAUUGAUUUGGAGGAUAGAUAUUUUUCGGUGAUGUGGCAUCAAUUUGAGAAGAAACCAAUUGAGAAUAGAAAUAUUAAGGAUGAUUUUGGAUCCUCAGUUGGCAGAUUGUAAUUAUGGAUUGAUUUGGUAGAAAAGGCUUAUGCCAAAAAAGACCCAAUGAUUAAAAUUACUGCUCCUCCUCGUUAUUAAUUUGAACUAAGAGUAAUUAUUUUUGAAACAAGAAAUUGUGUAUUCAAAGACGAAUUAGAGAAAUGCAACGAUUUGUACUGUAAGGCAGGAAUUGCCAACUAAGAACUUCAAGAAACAGAUAUUCAUUGGAGAUGCAGGGCUAAAGGUUCAUUUAAUUGGAGAAUCAAGUAAAAGGUUACUUAUCCAGCACUUCCAGAUGAAUUCGGAACUGAUAAGUUUAAAAUUCAAUUGUGGGACAAGGAUAUUGUGGGAUCAGAUGAAUUGAUAGGAGAGACAACAUUCAAUUUGAAUACGCACAAGAUGAUUGACAAAGCUGUGAAGAGACUUUAAGCAACAUCCUUAACUCAACGAAUAAGAGAGAAGGGAGGUGUAAUAACUGACAGACUUUGGUUGGAUGUAUACCAUCCAGAUGCAGUGGACGAGGAAGGGUAGAAGAUAUCAUAAGGACAAGUCUUGUGUUCUUUUGAAUUGAUGCCACUCACUGAGGCUGAGAAAAAACCAAAUGGAUUUGGCAGAGAUCCUCCGAAUGUGUUCCCUCCAUUGAAUGAGCCCACUGGUCGAUUGUCUUUUGAUAUCACGAAUCCACUUGGUUUUAUUAAGGAGAUUAUGGGUAGUAUUCUGAUUUGA